CCGGUUAGCGGUCCUGAGCGGCGGGGAGAGCCCUGGCCCCGGCGUGCCCGGUUUCGGCUCUGGCUCAGUAACGCAAGGACCGGAGCGCCGCGGUGUAGCGUGCGCCGCGGCCGCCGGCGCCUUUCGCUGCUCGCGAAGUUUUGCCGGCAGGAAUGUCCCGGGAGCAGAGUCGGGGAUGCCUUUUGAUUGCAAGACUGCUGAAAUGUUUUGAGGGCUGCCUCUCCUUUCCUAACCAUGAACAGUUCAAAAUCACCGGGGCUGGCUGGAUUUGAAAUCUUGAAAAACACUACCUGCCACACGGAGAAGAAGAUUUCGGUUUUCUUUUCAAUAAUCUUCAUGACAGUGGGAAUUUUGUCCAACAGUCUUGCAAUAGUGAUUCUCCUGAAGGCGUAUCAGAGAUUUAGGCAGAAAUCAAAAGCCUCCUUUUUGCUUCUUGCUAGUGGUUUGGUUGUCACAGAUCUCUUCGGCCACCUCAUCAAUGGAGCCAUUGCAGUGUUUGUGUAUGCAUCGGACAAAGACUGGAUUCGAUUUAACCAGUCCAACAUUCUUUGCAGUGUUUUUGGCAUCUGCAUGGUUUUCUUUGGUUUGUGCCCACUCUUCCUGGGCAGCGUGAUGGCUGUUGAACGCUGCAUUGGAGUCACUAAGCCAAUAUUUCACUCUACAAAAAUGACUUCUAAACAUGUGAAAAUGAUGUUGACUAUGGUAUGUCUGUUUGCUGUUCUUAUAGCUUUGCUGCCUGUUCUUAGGUUUAGAGCCUAUCAAAUUCAAGCAUCAAGGACCUGGUGCUUCUAUAAAACAGAACAUGUUGAGGACUGGGAAGACAGAUUUUAUCUCUUACUUUUUUCUUGCCUUGGGUUACUGGCCCUUGCUAUUUCAUUCUUGUGCAAUGCUGUCACAGGAAUUACGCUCUUAAGAGUCAAAUUUAAAAGUCAACAAAGACAAGGCAGAUCUCAUCAUUUUGAAAUGAUCAUUCAGCUCUUGGCUAUAAUGUGUGUUUCUUGCAUUUGCUGGAGUCCAUUCCUGUUGACAAUGGCCAGAAUUGGGAUAAAUGAGAGUCGUUCAAAGGAGACCUGUGAAACAAUACUUUUUGCUCUCCGAAUGGCAACAUGGAAUCAGAUUUUAGAUCCCUGGGUGUACAUCCUUCUCCGGAAAGCUGUACUUAAAAACCUGUACAAGAUCACAAGGGGAUGUUGUGGCAUGCACAUCGUAAACUUACACAUGUGGGAACUCAGCUCCAUCAAGAAUUCUUUGAAGGUUGCAGCAAUAUCUGAGUCACCAGUAAGUUCCAAACAAAUAAACCUACAGCCACUCAGCUCUACAGGGCAAUAAAGUUAAACACAGUGUAUGAAGAGAUGAUGGAGGCAACGCUCAUACACGGGCAGUACCUUGAAAUUAAUUCCAAGGCUCAGUGGUUUGGCAUUUGUUUUAAAUUGUGAGUGGUUUGUUCUUAUUGCCUACCAGUUUGAUAUUGCUACUCCAAAAGAUGCACUUGAAUGUUUUAAUUCCCUUUGGAAUACAUCCCCUCCAAAACUGGUAGUAUGAUGACAAAUCAUCCUGUAUUUCUCCCUUCCAGGUAAUAAAGUGAACAGGGUUCUUUGUAAUAGUCCCCACCAAAUCCUUUACCUUAGCAGGCUUCUUAAGAACACGUACAAGUGCAAAAGUGAUCUCCAAGGUGAUUUUUAAAAGGGGUAGAUUUUCUGUACUAGUGAUAACCCCAGAUCCUUUGCAGAGUCACUGCUUCCUAGAAUAAGGUCCACCAUCCUUUCCAUAAGGGUAUUCCUUGCUUCUAGGCACUGAUUUUUCCAGUUGGGUAUAUAAAAGACAUUUUGCUUGUGCCCAGCUUAUGAAGUGAUCCAGUUUGCUUGGUUCAUUGACUUGACCUCUUAAUCAUUUACUGUUCCAUGAAUUUUUGGGAGAGCUGAAACUUCAUCAGUGUAAGCGUUCCUUUCAAAUCACUGACAAAACAUGAGGUUUCCUGUAAAAACACAGAAGCAGAUCAGUUCAGCUUGCUUUCGGUUACAUUUUCAGAUCUAUUGGUGAGUUUCUAGUCCUUUCAACAAAUUUUGUUGCAGCUAACAGGCAUAAAUCUGUGGUGAGUCUCUAAGAGGAAUAGUUUGGGUUUUUUUUGCCCCUAGAUCGAAGGAAAUCUGAAUCAUUCCACUGAUGCAUAUACUGAAAUGCUCAUGGGGUACAUCUGCUUCAUUUGUUAAAGGUCAUACAUGUCUCAUGAAAAAUGUGUGUGACCAACUGAGCAUCUCUGCAGGGAGCUGCACUGGCAGUGUGGUUUUAUUUCUGAAAGCAAACUGCCCCUUGGUUUUUGCAGGGUCCAUGUCUGAAAAGCUGAGGACAUUCAGUAUAUUUGAUGGUAUCAGAAAUUUUCCAGGACUCUACAGAGCCCCUUUAAUGCUGCUAAAAGAAACUUUGUUUUUUGUGACUGUAUACUGUUCAGAAGCAAGAAGGAGGGUAUCACAGACUUUGUAGCAGAGGGAUCGUUGUAAGAUAGAAAUGUCUAUGUUAUUUUUACCUACUUCAAAUAACUACAUUAGUGAAUUGUUGGUAUAUUUGGUCAAAGUAGUUAAAAACUGAUUCACCAAGAAGAUAGUCUGAGGGACCAAAACUAUUCACAAGCUGCAAGUUCACGUUGUAUGUGAGAAUAGUUUAAGUCAGAAAAUAAAACCCCCAAAGGUUUAAAUCUUUGGUUUUAUUGUUUUAAAAGCUAUUUCCUUUUUGUUUUAAAAAGGUUGAAAAAUAAAUGGGUUAAAUAACCCUGUAAUGAAAUGAAAUGGCUUCAUUUACCCUAAAGAAUUUCUGUGUGUGAUUUAUUUUCUCAGUCAGAAAGCUGAUAAACCGUGGACAGAGUUGAGGCUGGUAUAAGCUCCGUACUGUUGCUUCAGGUGGGUUCUGCUGAAAUCUGGAAGCUUUCAGUCAGUGCUCAGUUUGGGUCUUUCAUUUCAUGGAAUACAAUGCCAGUGUAUCUGUUGACAUAAAUUAUUCGUUCUUUAUGGAAGAUUGUUGUUUCUUGCAGCUGCAAAAAUAUUUGUCUGUAAAUUGUUGAGAAAUUUGAUCGUGAGUGAAGCUCAUCAAUGUUCUAUUUUGUUAUGUGAAUAAAUGUAGCUUGUGUAGUUCGUACUGGUUGACUUGUAAAACAAACAAACAGAAGUUUAUAUGUAUAUGUGAUUUCUUAUAUUUUGUGUACUAAUACAUAUUGACUGUAAAUUGCAAAGCCUUAUUAAAGUUAUCAAACUGUA